UGGCGCUCCGUCAGCGGUCACUCUAAAGUGAGCAGCGAUUUUCAUCCGUUAAAACUGCUUAAGUUUUCCUCAUAUUUCGGGCCCUGCGCCACGGCAGUUCACUUUUGUUGGUGGCUCGAGUGCGACGGCAACGGAAAACGCUUUUCCAGGCAAAGUGCGUCAUUAGUUGCCUGCAAGUCAGCCAGAGCUAUUACUUGUAAUUGCGCUGCAAAGUGCGUAAUUAGAGCUUGAGGGGAAAACUGCGUUUUCCGCAAAUCCAGAACGUGUUCCAUAUUUUUAAAAACAUACAAAUCAAACCGCGUUUCGUCAACCGCCGUCCCGCUUAGGCAGUACAAUUAAAAAUAAAAACAAUACCAAAUACAAAUCUACAAGUUGACGCGAAAAAAACAAUAGGACUAUCGUUCAGUAAUUAGUGCAGCCGCCAAAGAAAGGAAUCCGUAUCCGAGAUGGCGUUCAUUUCAAAAGAUUUUCGGUCGCCGGGCGAAACAUGGAUCAAAACCGAUGGCGGCUGGGAGAUGUCCAAGGUGCUGGAGUGCGGCGGCAAGCGGAAACGUCACCACUCGGAGGGAAGCAGUAGCAGCUACCAGGAUGCGAGCAGCGACAGUUCAACGGAGGACGAGUCGGCGGGGAUGCCGCCACAUUACCACAUUACCAUCCGGUGUACACGUGAGAUCGCCGGAUUCAAUGGUCUGAGUGAGGCUGUGAAGCGGCUGGACUUCCGCCGAUCGGUGCGGGAUCGGAAACGUUUCCACUACAUCUGUGCUUUCCUGCUGCUCGUCUCCAACAAGGGUAUUGCCAGUCUGCCAGGCAGUGCCCAGCGCCAGCUCCUCCAAAUGGUUGAGGAAGUGGCCUCCCAUGUAAAUGACAGUCAGCAGCAUCCGAAUGUGCUUCGGGGUCUGGCGCUGAAGCUGGAGCACAUCGUUAACCAGGAGAAUCAGAAGUGCUGGGGCAAGCCGCUGGGUAGCACCUAUCUGUGGAAGGAACAUAUGGCCACCAUCAAGCGAAUUCAGCGUGUGGCCAGCCAGAUCGAGAUACGGGAGCCCGAUCCCGAGGCCAAGCCCAAGCUGCACGAGCUGCCGGAGGAGUGUGUGCGUGAGAUUAUUCUGUGCAUCGCUGACCAUAGGGACCUGGAGUCUGCCGCCAAGGCAUGGGACACCAUGGCCAAACUGGUGUCCGAGCAGCGCAUCUGGCGUGAGCUGACGCGCUUCCACUUCAAUCAGCGGCAGAUUCAUACCAUUCUCGACCUGGACAAGUUCAAGCAGAUGGGUGAGAUCAAGGACUGGAAACAGAUCUACCACCAGUUGCGCCGAACGUACGGUGUUAACGAUGACUACCAGUUCGCCGAGGUGCUGGCCCUGUGCCGUUCUUGCUGCUGCCUCUUCUGGCCCUCGGACGGACAUCCGUGCAUCGUGGACCAGAGUCCUGACUACAAGCAGCGAGUGGAGGAGGCGGGUGGCCAGCUGGCGCUGGCCCAGCCUGUGCCCCCGGCCCAGUUUCUUAAGUACUUCUCGUUGUAAGACCACGACGGAUCUGACCAAGGGAGAGAGAUUAGAGAUAGAGAUCGAUAUGUAUUUUUACGGAGAGAGGCGUGGUUGGCGUGAAUGGUGUCCCUGUCCAUGGAUAAGUUGUUUGGCUGCGAGUGAGUCUUUAUGUGCAUGUUAAAGUUUUACCCUAAGAGAGGAGAGGAGAGAAGAGGAUGAGGGAGGUGGAGGAGGAAUGGAUCAGAAAGCAAAGUGAUAAAGAUAUCCCUUAUCUAUAACUACAUUAUAAUCGUUUCGACUGGUUUGCAGUUUUUUGCAGGUUAAGAUUCAGAUUCUAGUUCAGUUCUUUGCCUUUGCCAACUCUCUUUUUGUAUUGUUACCAGUUUAUAGGGUCGAAGUCUGAACCACGAUCUGUGCAGGACCGAAGAUUACUAUUAGUUGUGUAGAGUUGACGCUAUUGUUCGACGCGACUCGCGUGUCAGGGUCCAAUUCGGGGUCGCUACUCAUUGAUAUCCUUGAGAUUGCAGUUGUUAUAGACUUUUUAAGGACACGCAAA